AUGGCCGCUUAUCCACCACCACACAUGGAUCCGUAUUUUCGACCGGAUUAUAGAGAGCAAGAAAAUUGGUUCGAUCCUCGUCUCGAAACACGAAAGAUGGCUUCUUUCUGUUCACGAGACCCCAAAAUUCCGUCAGUAAGCAUCGCGAGUAUUCUCAAUAAUGAUUUGCUCUCGUCGGAAAAGAGCGCCGCUUUAUUGCGAGAUUUCUUCGAGGAUAUGGUUUCAAAGAGUGAAUCGUACAAGUUCAUUCGGAUGGCCGAUGACCUUCAUGAUGUGGCCUCUUAUCUAUCAGAUAUGCGAUUGUGCUUCAUCGCUCUUACAAUCACGGGUUACAUCGUUCUUAUCAUCUAUUUGAUUUUGUUGUGUGUGCGAAGGAAUCGACGAUCUCCACAAAGAAGGCGUAAUUGGGAUUUCCCGGAAAACCAACGAAACGACUUCCAGCAGACAACACAAACAAACGCCGACGAUUUGGUGUCAGUAAGGAGUGACGGUCAAACCGGUUACAUGACUCGAAAUCAUCAUAGUCGAAUGGAUUCGCGCGCCACACCUUCCUUCAUGCGGCACGGACACAUGAACCAUCAACAGACAACAAGGCUGAUGGCCGAUCAUGAUUCAUCCACAGUAAAGCAUACCGUUCCAUCAAUUGUCACCGAAGCACCACAAGAUGAGAAACCAUCACCUGGCGGCGGGCAUAAGGUACCGAGCCUCGUCGCCAAUGCAGAG